AUGUACUGGAUACUCAACGUCGCGAUCGCUAGGUUGACGGAAGGUGCCGGCUUGCUUGCCACGAUCAAGGUUGAGACGGCGGAGAAAAAGCGGUCGAAUACGGGCGCUCGACCCCGCCGGCUUCUUCAUGUGUGCCUGGACGUCGACCGUCUUCCCCUCGACCGACUCUGCGCGACCCUCGUUGACUCCCAAAUCAACCCCAACAUCAACCCCAACAUCAACACCAACAUCAGCAUCAACACCAACAUGGCUCAGCACUCAUCGCCCCCGGACAGAGCCAAACGCACGGCCAAUCGGUUGGCACAACAAAAGUUCCGCCGCCAGCGCAAGGACUACAUUGCCCAACUCGAGACCGAGCUUGCCAUGUGCCGUGCCGGUGCCAGUGAGGAGCUCGUACAGCGGCGGCAGCAGGUGGAGCAGCUGGCAGCUGAGAAGAAGAUUCUCCGCGACAUGUUGAUCAAAGUCGCGCACUCGCUGGGCAACGCGUGUGGUCUCGAUGUCACGCUAACACCUCGGCAACCAGACGGCACGGACACGUGUGCACUCGCACCACAGACCGAAGACGAGCGCCAUGAUGAGAGCGACAACAUCUCUAAUCUCGACCCCGUAGCAAGCGUUGACGACGGCCAAGACAAGAUUGAAGGCAACCUUCAGAUCAAUACUGUAGUUACUGAUGAAGACAACAAUAGCAUGCUUCGUGGGCCCACCUUCGACCUGUUUGAAUCCGCCUUUGACUGGCUCCCGUCAACUGGCGAUCAUGAUAUGGAUGCUGGACCUGGUACUUUGCUGCUUUCUCCCGCCCCCAACAACGUUUGGCCUUCCAUUCCUGGCCCACUCUUUUCUCCUCCACCAGCACCAGCCCCGGCCCCGGCCGACAAAGCCCAGCUGGCGUGUAUCAUGUUCCGUCGCCAAGUUGAUCAUGUGCUUGAUUCUUGUCUUGCCGCCCUUGAAUCCGGCACUGACCAUCUCGAGCUCUUCGAAAAUCGUCUGGUCCAAGGAGUUGUCCAUGCCAUCUUCCAGAUCCAAGAAUUUACCGCCGGAGCAUUUCAAAUGAAGGCCAUGUCGCUAUCGGGCGGAGCAGCAUGGCUACUCUGGCACGUUGUUAAGAGAUUGCGUGACGCCCUCGUCAGCUACAAAGGUCCUGUUUCUGUCGAAGACAUCCUAGUCAACCUUGCUCAUCGGCUUGUCCCGACGGGCGCACCCGUUGAUAGAGUCAUACAGCCCGACGUUACCAUCUUGGACAUCCGCCCCAUGUUCAGCUGCAAAGAGGAGCGUACUCUCAAAAGUGAAUUCUACAGCGCGCUUAGCAUGUACAAGCUACGUCCGGCAAGCAUAGUUCCUGAUGAAGUGGCUACAUCGUACCUGGUCGAUCAUUUCUUCGAACAGAUGUCUGUUCUUUAG